AUGCGAACUCGUAUCCAAAGGUUUAGCUCUAAGCCUGUCCAAAGUAACACCAGUCUCCACUGUAGUUGGUCUUGUUCCAUGAAACCAGAAAUUGCCCGACUCAAUCGCGAGAUAACAAGACAUCAUCGACUCAGCCGGAGGAAAAUAAUUCUUUUUAAAAAUAUUGCUAAAACUAGAUCUAAUCAACUCAAGUGGCCACAAAUCAACCAAAUUAGAAUACCCAAUUUGCCCCUUAUUCUUGCCGUGGCCGGAAAAAAUCGAACCUUUCCUCGAAACAAUUUGGCGACGCCAUUCCUUAUAAGCAGCCGCGCCUAUGACUCGACCCCAUUUGUUCUUUAUAUGCAUUUCCCACAAGUGAUCACUCAAACACUUAUUUCUGAAAACACUACACACAUUAGCCACCUUACAGAGCUCAUUCGGAGGAAGCCUUUCGAGAAUGCUCUCCAAUACGAGGUCGGUGACAUUUUAGAGGAAAAAAACGAGACAUUUAUCACACCCAACAAAAUUCUUUCCAGAAAAAAGGAGAGGUCUUUCCAAAACCACAGGAAAAGAAAUCUCAUCUCACAAGCCCAUGAGGGAAGCGGCUUGAGAGUGAGAGACUUGUAA